UACCCCCCCGACCUGUUCAGCGACAGCCAAAACAAGAGCGGCUUCUUCAUGCUCCACGUCGUCGGCGUCCUGUACACGUUCAUCGCGAUCGCGAUAAUCUGCGACGAUUUCUUCGUCCCGGCGCUCGAGGUCUUGUGCGACAGGUACGAGAUCGAAGACGACGUCGCGGGCGCGACGUUCAUGGCCGCGGGCGGGUCCGCCCCGGAGCUCUUCACGUCCCUCAUCGGCGUCUUCAUCGCGAAGAGCAACGUCGGUUUCGGCACCAUCAUCGGAAGCGCCGUGUUCAACGUGCUCUUCGUCAUCGGCGCGUGCGCGUUUUUCUCGUACGAAGUCUUGGAGCUCACGUGGUGGCCGCUCGCGAGAGAUUGCACGUUCUACGUCUUCGACCUUUGCAUGCUGUACGUGUUCUUCCAGGACGAGAAGAUCGCGAUGUGGGAGUCUGGUCUGAUGCUUUUCUUUUACGUCAUGUACGUGAUCUUCAUGAAGUUCAACGCGCGCGUGGAGACGUGGGUAAAGGUGAAGGUUCUGAAGCAGACGGAUUUCGUGAAGGAAGUGUCGAGGAACUUGGGGCACAACGAGAACGCGAAGCACGGAGACGGAGGCAAACCGAAGGGUAACCAAGUGUCGCCGCUGCCGAAGGGCAAAGGCCCGGUGAACGAGUCCGCGGAGACGACGCGCGUGUGGGAGUCUGGUCUGAUGCUUUUCUUUUACGUCAUGUACGUGAUCUUCAUGAAGUUCAACGCGCGCGUGGAGACGUGGGUAAAGGUGAAGGUUCUGAAGCAGACGGAUUUCGUGAAGGAAGGCAAAGGCCCGGUGAACGAGUCCGCGGAGACGACGCGCGCGCGCGUUCCCCCCGGACCGGUGACGGAGUCGGCGGAUGCCGCGGCGCCGCAGAUGAAGCGGAAAAUCUCGCGGCAGUUCUCGAAGAACAUCGCGAAGCCCGCCGCCGCCGUCGCGGCGGACGCCGACGACGACGACGAGGGGAUCGACCUCUCGUGGCCGGAGGGCAAAGCCGCGCAGAUCUACUACGUCAUCGCCGCGCCGCUAAUGUACCUCUUCUAUUACACGGUCCCGAACUGCAAGAAGAAGACGCAUCUGUUCAUGGUCGUGUUUUUCGAGAGCAUCUUUUACAUCGGCUUCUUCUCGUACUUCAUGGUGUGGUGGGCGACCGUCGUCGGCGACGUUCUCGGCAUCGACGACGUCGUCAUGGGGUACACGAUCCUCGCCGCGGGGACGUCCGUGCCGGACCUUUUGUCCUCUGUGAUCGUCGCGCGUCAAGGCCUCGGAGACAUGGCGGUGUCGUCGUCCAUCGGCUCAAACAUCUUCGACAUCACGUUCGGUCUCCCGCUUCCGUGGCUGCUGUGGUCCGCCGCGCACAGCGCGAAAGCGAUGACCGUGAGCAGCGAAUCCCUGGGGUUCGCGCUGACGCUUCUCAUCAUCAUGAUCGUCUGCAUCAUUUCGAUCAUCGCUUUUUGCAAGUGGCGGAUGACGAAAUUUUUGGGCGCGUCCAUGGUGUUCUUAUACGCCGUGUUUCUCGCGCUCGUCGUGAUGGAGGCCUACGACGUCAUCGACGGAUUCUGACGCGCGUCGCCGCCGCGAAAGGAAGAAAUCCAGUCGAGGGGGCGUGUCGUGUUUCGACGGCGCGCUCUCGUGUUUUAUUAUUUUGUUAAUACAGUACGUACUCGUCGGCU